AUGACUUCGUUUAGUAACAAUAUCAAUUAUACAAUUAUAAAGGGAUAUGAAGAAGAUUUCCCACUGUUAAUGCCAAAGUGGGGCUAUGUUGCGUCUGCCUUUGUAUUAUUUCUAAUAGGUUUCUUUGGAUUCUUCCUAAACUUGAUGGUGAUACUGCUGAUGUUCAAGGAUAGACAGCUAUGGACACCUUUGAACAUCAUAUUAUUCAACCUAGUGUGCUCCGAUUUUUCCGUCUCAGUAUUGGGGAAUCCGUUCACACUCAUCUCCGCACUGUUCCAUCGAUGGGUGUUUGGCCACACCAUGUGUGUUCUCUAUGGUUUCUUUAUGGCUUUAUUAGGUAUUACUUCAAUCACAACGCUAACUGUUAUAUCCUUCGAGAGGUACAUACUGGUGACUCGACCGCUCAGUUCUAGACAUUUGAGUUCAAGAGGAGCCAUCUUAUCCAUAAUAUUUAUUUGGACCUACUCACUAGCGCUCACUACCCCGCCUCUAAUGGGUUGGGGAAACUAUGUCAAUGAAGCUGCUAACAUCAGCUGUUCGGUGAACUGGCAUGAACAAUCUAUGAAUACACUCACGUAUAUUAUGUUCCUGUUCGCAUUAGGACAAAUAGUUCCACUUGCUGUCAUCACUUACAGCUAUGUCAACAUCAUCAGAACGCUGAAAAAGAAUUCGCAACGACUGGGACGAGUAAGCCGAGCGGAAACAAGGGCUACAGCCAUGGUCUUCAUCAUGAUUAUAUCCUUCACUGUGGCAUGGACACCAUAUUCCUUGUUUGCUUUAAUGGAGCAGUUCGCUACUGAAGGAAUUAUAUCUCCAGGUGCCGGAGUUAUUCCAGCACUGGUGGCAAAAAGCUCAAUUUGCUAUGAUCCCCUCAUAUAUGUUGGCAUGAAUACCCAAUUUCGUCAAUCAAUAAAACGCAUAUUUGGAAUGCAUGAUAACAAAAAUCAAUCGAAAUCUGAGAAAGGUCACAACAAUACAACAUUGUCGCCGACGCAGAAGAGGUCUGGUACGAACGAAGGAACUACGCGAUAUAACUCAACUGAGACUGUGGUAUCUAUAUCUUCGAAAAAGCAUAACAAGGAUAAAAAGAUAAUCUUCAAUGAUGAUUUAUCAGAAAGUAUCAAAACAGAGAACCGAUCUUACCAAAAAGAUGUCGAACUUUGUACAAUACAAGAAAAUCGGUCCGCAUCAGAUGUAGAAAAAUCAGGCAAUACUAUAUAUGAAGAAGAUAGUUGUAACAACACUAAAAAGUUCCCGCUCUUCGGGCCAUCGUGUAAGUUAUUCCAGAAACGUUCACCUGGUGUUACAAUUAUAGAUAAAGAACAUUUGAUUUUUAGUAAAAAUUAUAGCAAUCGAGAUUAUGACAGUAAUGACUCAGAUGACAAUACGAAUGCUUACGGCAAUAAAGGUUACGUAGAGCAUGUUACUGAUGCGUUAAAAGAAGAUAUGUAUCGCACCGAAAAUAUUAAUGCAGAAACCAACGAAUACAAGAAUAUAAAUUUACAGAAAGAAAUAAAACGAAGUUUCUCUCUGGAUUUAAAUAUUGUUUCAUACGAAAAUAGAAAGAGAAAAAUGUCAGUCGAGAGUAAAUUUGAAACGAUUAUACAACCAAAAGGGUUCUUCAAAGAUAGUGUAAUAGGUAAAUUAUUUGAUAACAACACGAAUCAGUUUAAAACGUAUCUGUGUAACGUUGAAAAUCAAAAUAAUGAUAGCACCGAUGAUGAUAAUUAGUUACGUAAUUGAAUAAUAAUAAUUAAUUGGGAAUCAUUGUCACUGAAAAUAAUUGGGAUCAAUGCAUCAAUUAAAUAAAACAUUCUUUCAUUUUGUCUUAGAUAUUGUAAUAAUAAAAUAAAAAUAUUUAUGCACUAUUCAAAUAUUGUAAAUUUUAUUAGUGAGAGAGCUAGAGCUAUUACGAGUAUUACAAUGUUCGGGAAUUGUUAUCGAAAAGAGGUGCUGCCUUUUUAAUGGAAGUCGUAGUAAGGUCUGUGAUAAGUAAUAAUAAAUACGAAUGCCAAAGUUGAAAAACGAUAUAUAUAUUUUAUGGAAUAACUAAAUCAUGAUUAUGUAUUUUCGUUAGAUUUAUAAAAUGAACCGAUGUAUGUAGUUUAGAAAUCUAUGAUUCGUAUAUUUAUUGACUAAUUGUUUAA